CCAGUGCCAUUACCCCGAAUAACAUAUCUUCUUGGUUCAAUUUCACAACUUAAAUAACCGCCUAAAACAUUUAAGGAUUUCAUAAAUGCAGUGUUUGCAAAAUGAAUCCAAAUGUAUUGCGAAAAAGUAAGGGUAUUGGUACAAAUGGACGUCUACUGGAGCGUGUAUAGCAAAAUGGAAUUUUAUAGGUCUUCAAUGCUGGUGCUUCCUGUAGACAUUUUUGCUGCCGUAGACGUUGGGGCAAUAUAUAGGUCAAAAGGUUAUCUAGAUUUUUACAUAAACGAUAAAAGAAAUUGGGCCAUUGAACUAUUACGAGAUGGAUAUUGAUCGGAAGAACAUCAACGAAGAUUUGGAAGAAACGGUGUUUAUACUCCUAUUAAAAAAAUUGCGAAAGAGUGGGUAAUUGUUGACACUUGAAAUUG